CCCGCAUGGUGGUGAGCUUGGACCAGUCGCGUGGGGACUGACGUACUUUCCACUUGUCACGAACUCCAGGCAGGCCCCAAUACCACUUCUUCUUGACGCGUUUCAUAGCCCAUCACACAACAGGACUCGUGCGCAUACGCGUUGCAUCCACAUAUACACAUUACAGCCUUGUUUUCUCCAGGACUGCCUGAAACAGAGGCUGCCUAAACAUGGCGACAGACUUUCCAGACCCAACGCCCAUAAAUCUCAACAGGAUGCUAUCGCGGCUAGAGCACAACAUCCUGAUCGAACCUGCACCUGAACUCCGGAAGUCACCGUACACGCGCGCAAGAACAAGAGCGAAUGUCGAACACGCGCGCACACUACUCCUCAAUCUCGAGCAUUCCGCAUCCUCCCUUCCCUCUAAAACCAAAAAGUCCGCCCUCCAGACCAACCUGCAGAAGAAGCGCGACCUCAUCAAACAGCUGAAUCAGCGCCUAUACGAGCUUGACCAGCUCGACGACUCAGAAUCGGACGGUUCGGUGGACUCAGAGGAGGAAGAGGACAACUUCCCUUCGUAUGCACCGCAUAGGGCCGCAGACGCCGGGCUCGAGGUCAACUCAACUGAUGGGGAAGGCAACGAAAUGCUCCAAAACGCGGCACGAGGUCUUUCAAACGAAUUGCGGCGGCGAGCUGGUGCGCAAGACGCAGAUACAUUAGCCACGGGUAACUCACUGUUCCCUUCGAAAGCUAAAACAACAACGGGCGAGGCACAUACCGACGCCGUCUUGUCAGAUCACAGAAGCGAGCAGGAGACCCUGGAGACAAGCCUACUCGACAUGGCGAAGCAAUUGAAGCAGCAGUCACUGCACUUCCAUCAGACACUCGAAGGGGACAAGAGCGUCGUAGAUCGCGCUCUGUCAGGGCUAGACAAGAACGCGCUGGGCAUGGAGGCAGCAGGCCAAAAGAUGGGUACGCUCAGACGAAUGACCGAAGGCAAGGGCUGGUGGGAUCGCAUGAAACUAUACGCUCUGAUCUUUGGGCUAUGGGUUUUUGCCUUCUUGAUCGUAUUCGUGGGGCCAAAAAUCAGAUUCUAGCAGCUGUUGUCGCAACGGCAAUUGUCGGUGAAUUGCAUCAAGAUACCCAAUACACAAGUCGCGUAUGCGACAUCUACGCAGCUUCAGACACAGGCCGAUCCGCCGAUCUGGACCGCGCCUCAUCCUGCGUCCCCAUCUCUUGGCACCGUCGAUCUUCCGUCCCUGUUUUGGAUGCAACCAAAGCACAACAACUUCACUUGCAGCUUUUUCUGCCACCUCGGUCCUCAUAUCUCUACCACGACAUGGCUAUGG